CAGGCGCGCUCGCCACCGCAGAGCAGGCGGCGAAGACCGGCGAGGCGCUCCGCCUGGAGGUGUUCGCCGCCGGCGACGGCUUCGAGCUCUCAGCGCGCGAGCUGCAGGGCGGGCCAGAGGUCCGGCUGCCCGUGAGCGCGGAGCUGCUGGCGGAGCUGGACGAGCAGGACCGCUGGACCGACCUCUUCAGUCGGGUGGGCGUCAGCCUCGGGCCGCCAAGGACGGUCGUGAUCUCGCAGCUGGUGGCCCGCGGAGAGGUCGAGCUGCCGCCGGACUCGGGCGCCGAGGUGAGGCUCGAGGCGUUCAGGUACGACGACCGCCGGUACUUCAUCCGCGGAGUGGAGCUCGCGACGGGAAGACCAUGCUCCGUGGCGCUGUUGGAGGACCGCCUGACGGCGGAUAUCGCCGACACCGUUGCCGCAUGCCCAGACGAGGGGUCCAUCCUGGAGGUGCUGUCCGACCUGAUCCGCUUCGAGGCCGAGACCGCGUCCCUGACCGCCGCGUGAUGGCGAGGUGCUGCCGCCCGCCUGAGCUGAUCCUUGCGCCACCACGGCGUCCUUCCGCUACGCGCUCUCCUCCUCCUCCUCCUCCUCCUCCUCUCCUCCUCCUCCUCCUCCUCCUCCU